AUGGAAUUAAUUCCGGAAAAAUUGCUGAAAACUAUUUGCUGCAGCUGUGAAACUGGAUGUAAUAGUUUAAAAUGUGGCUGCCGAAAACAUGAUGAAAUUGCGGAUGAAGAACCAAUGCAGACUGAAAAUAAUGUUGGAGACGAAGGCGAUGAUGGUCUUGAAGAUGUCGAAGAUCUACUAGAAUCAGAAAGGCCUGUCGAAUCUAACGAUCAAGAAAUACCAUCAAAAAGACAGAAACUGAUAAAUAAGUGA